AUGCGGUGUUCAUUACACCAUUAUAUCUGGUUGGGAAUAGUCGCAGCGGCCUCCCAGGCAGUUGCUGACGUUUUACAAUUCACAAAUGUGACCGCUGGAAACCCUGUGAAGCCGGGCACUGAGCUGCGCAUUCUGUGCGUUGGCGAUUCCAUCACCGUGGGGUAUCGAAGCGACAAAGAUGGAGGCGAUGGAAACGGUUAUCGGCUUAGGCUAUUCGAUGAUUUGUACAAAGAUAAUGUGACCUUUGCUGGAAAUCAGACGUCGGAUGGAACGAUGAUUGGGGGGUACUUCGGCGCGUGGUCUGGGAAAACCAUCCAAUACAUAGCAGACCAUAUUGGACCCGCUUUGGAGCAACGCCCCAACAUUGUACUCAUACAUGCUGGUACAAAUGACAUGAACCCAAACCCAUCCAUCUCAACAGAGGGAAACGAUCCGACCGGAGCUUCACAACGCCUAGGAGCCCUUGUUGACCAAGUGAUACAAGCAUGUCCUAAUGCUGUAAUUCUAGUGGCCAUGAUCAUAAACACCUGCGACGAUACCCAGGAACCACAAACUCGGAAAUAUCAAGGGUUAAUACCAAACGUGGUGCAACAGCGAAGUGACAACGGAUCUCACGUCCUGGCCGUGGACUUUACAACAUUUUCUACAAGUAAUCUUCACAGCGAUGAUUGUAUCCACCCAACCAAUGCGGGUUACCGACUUUUUGGUGAUUACUGGUACGAUUUCAUCACGCAGAUUUCCAGUGACUGGAUACAUACUCCAGUUGGGCCUGAUCCACACCGCACUGACGGGAUAUAUGCGAACGGUGGCUUGGAUAAGAACAUUCCAGCCCCUGACAUCGGAACAAACCUCGUCCAGAUUUCCCCGAGUGAAAAUGUGACAUCCGCGGCGAUAAUUGCAGAAAAGAACGGACAAGUCAAUCGUAACCCUAAUCCUAUCCGGACCGCCACUGGGGGAAAUUUCCAGAAUGGUCUCAGCCGUGAUGACGAUUGGAAAUAUCACAUGAACUGGACAGAGCCUGCCAAGGUUGCUGAUGGACUUGGAUUGGAUCGUCAUUAUGUUAGUAGACUUUACGACAUGGAUGGGGAUGGCAAAGCUGAUUAUGUAUGGCUCGACCCAAUGACCGGAGAGGUAACAUGUUGGCUAAACAAGCUUCCUGACCCAUGGACACCGGCUGGAACAAAUGGUGGCGUAAUUGCCAGUGGAGCAGGAGCAGAGAACUCUGUCUUUAUUGCUGAUAUGAACGGCGAUGGGCUCGCAGACUACAUGGUAGUAGAUCCCAGUGAUGGGGCAGUCUCAAUAUGGUGGAAUUAUGGGUCUGACGACAGUUGGGAUAACGGAUGGAAGUUCGUUGGGGGCGGGCAAAUCGCCUCUGGCGUUCCCCACGCGAACUGGGUAACUCUGCGAUUCCCAGAUAUUAACGGUGAUGGAAGAGCAGAUUAUGUGUACAUUGGCGAAGGUGGUGCCCUCAAACAUUACAUGAACACCGGAACAGCUGGGGGGCAAGAUGUUGUCUUCAUCGAUCAAGGAGGUAUCUUCAAUGGAGCUACAUCUAACAUUACCAAAAUCGUUUUUGCCGACAUCAACGGAGAUGGACGUGAUGACUAUCUCAUCUGGGAUGAAGACGGCGGCCUCAGUGGCUUCCUUAAUCAACCAACACAGAACGAAGGAGUGCCACAGUUUGUCAGCCAAGGAUCCGCGAAAUCUCUUGCCACUGGGAACUCCCAGAACCCUACGUUCCUCUGGUUGGCUGAUAUGGAUGGUGAUGGUAAGGGUGAUUAUGUCUACAUCGACGAAGACCAUGGUGCCUUAUUUGUGUCAUAUAAUAAAGGAGACGUCGACACUAGCUAG